UUUCACAAUCAUGAAGAUUUUGUUGGGUUUUGUCUUCUUUUUCUUUCUGCUAAAUAUUGAAUAUUAUGAGGCAAUAUCUUUUAAUCAUCAUAAGAAAGUUGAGUUUUUUAAGAAAAUUCAAGAUAAGACAUCUACAAAUCCAAAGUUAGGAUCACUACUCAAAACAGAAGGAAGAGGAAGAGUGUAUUAUCCGGAAGAGUACGGGGCAGACCCAAGUGGAACACAAGACAGCAGUGAGGCUUUUAUGAAGACAAUUUCAGAUGCAUUCCAAGUGCAAAAAGGACUUCAAAUGUUGCCUGGUGUUAAUGAUUUGGGUGGUGUUGUCAUUCAUUUGCAAGGUGGUCAUUAUCUUAUCACCAAACCUCUUCCUUUUCCCACUCUUUCUGCCAAUCUUGUGGUACAAGGAGGAACACUAAGAGCAUCAAACACAUUUCCGAUAAAUCGUUACCUAAUAGAACUAUCUUCCCAACCACCUAAAACCAUCCUUACAAACUCCUCAGCCACAACCAAACACACCUUAAACCAAAUCAAUGGAAUCCAAUUCCAAGACAUAACCUUUCGUGACAUACUCUUUGACUCCACCUUCCGAGGUGGAGGUCUACUCAUCGUUAACUCGGCCCGAAUCCGAGUCACUAACUGUUACUUCCUCCACUUCUCAACCCAAGGAAUCCUCGUCAAUGGCGGCCAUGAAACCUUCAUUUCUAACACCUUUCUUGGACAACACGAAACCAUUGGCGGCGAUCCGGGUGAAAGACAAUUCAGUGGGACCGCCAUUGAUCUUGGAAGUAAUGAUAAUGCCAUUACAGAUGUUGUAGUUUUUUCAUCUCAAAUUGGGAUUUCUCUUAGAGGUCAAGCAAAUAUGGUAACGGGUGCCCAUUUAUAUAAUAAGGCAUCCGGGUUUGGUGGUAUUGGAAUAUGGGUCAAACUUCCGGGUCUUUCACAAACAAGGAUAGAUAAUUGUUAUUUGGAUUAUACCUCCAUUGUUAUGGAAGAUCCUGUUCAAGUUCAUGUCACUAAUGGGUUCUUUUUAGGGGAUGGAAAUGUGGUAAUUAAAGCAAUUAACGGUAGAAUUUCAGGGUUAAAUAUCAUUAACAAUAUGUUUAGUGGUGAUCCUAAUAUUAAGAAACCUAUUGUUGAAUUACAAGGAGAGUUUAAGGAGAUUGAUCAGGUGGUGGUUGACUUUAAUAAUGUGAUGGGGAUGGAAUUAAAAUCAACUGUGGGUAGGUUGACUUUAAAGGGAAGUCAAACUACAAAGUGGGUUGUUGACUUUUCAAAAGUGUUGCUUUUUUCUAAUAGAAUAGCUCAUUUUGAGUAUUCUAUUUAUAGUUUUCACGAAGGAGUGUUUUUUGUGCAUGGAGUUACAAAUGUGUCUAAUAAUGUUGUUACUGUUGGGACUGAUAAGGCUAUUGAUGGUGUGGUGUCUGUGUUAGUUGACCAGUAUAAUGUUGUAGGAGAAGACUUUAUUUAGUUGAGAAGUGUACUUUUAGUUGUAUGCGUUUAUUAUAAGGGUACAUGGCAAAUUAAUUUAUUGAUUAUCUUUAGCUUAUUUUGAUAUAAAUAGGGUGUUGAGUGGUCAAACCAGUUUAUGUUAGUGUUUGGUGAAUUAGUUGGUUAAAAUAGCUUAUUGAUAUGAAUAAGCUAUUUUUAAACAAGCUCCUCAUAGCAGCGGGUUCAAAAUCAGCAAGUUAAACCAGUUAAUAAAAUCAAUUGGUCAAAUCAGCCACUAUAAUCAGCUAUCAGCUACUAGUUAUCAGCCGUUUGCCAAAAACCUUCAUAAUCUAUAAAGAUUAAUUACUCAAUCAGCAUUGUAUAAUGAAACAGUUUAAC